GUGAAUGAUGUAACGUCAAAACACAAUCCAUUCAAUUAUAAAAUUUUAUGUCGAAGCAACAAACACAAAAAGUCCUUAUACCGAAAGGAACAAUAAAUCCAAAUGAGGAUACGGUAAUAGAAAUUCCGACAAAUUACAGAAAAGCUCCGGUAGUAGUUGCAACUAAAUCCAAUAGAAGUGCCACUAUAGCAGCUAGAAGUUCUAAGACCACUAAACAAAUUGCCGAAAGAGAUGUGGAAGAUUUCAAUUAUGUAAUGUAUAAUCAACAACCUACUUUAACACCAUGUCCAGCUGUAUGCUAUAGUGAAUCGAUAGACCAGAAUCAAGCGACAACCCAACAACAAUUUCGAUCAGCAAAACGUAAAACUGUUCAAACGGGCAUAUCUGAAAAUUAUUCAAAUACCAUAUCAUUGAGUGACCUUAGUGCAAAAGAAAAGGCAGAAACAAAACUAGUUCAAGAAAAACUAGAAGCUUUCCAACUAGCCAGAAGACAGUUUUUGAUCGAAGCUAACAAUAUUACUGAAAAUAGUAAAGGGGUUCAAGCUAAACCAUCACAAUCCUAAAUUUUUUUAAUCAAAUUUGUUUAGAACAAGGGUCAGAAUGAAUUAUCUGAAUAUGGAAAGAAUAAAGUAACUUUAUAAUGUGCAAAUUUUUGUUUGGUAUUUUC